GACACAUCGGAACUCUUGAUCGUUAACCACCACCAUCACCACUACCAAUCUACCACCAUGACCCACUCCGUCCUCUCCUCUUUCGACCCUCUUGCCACUCACCCCUUCACGAACAACUCGGGUCUGAUGCCCAAACCUGCGCCGCCGUCGCAGUAUCCAUUGCCCAUCCCUCGCCUCACGAAGACGAGCACUGCACCUACUACAAAGUCUCAUUCGUCUUCGACACAAACCACGUCGACCCCUCUCCAUGCUCCACAGCCCACACGAUCGUCACCUACAAAGCGGGGCACAAAGGGUCCCAUCUUUGUUCCGUUCCGUCCUGAACGCUCCUCACCAGACCUCGAGGACAUUCUCCUCAAGAAGAAGGUCUCGGAUGUUCUGACGAACAAGCAGACAUGGAGCAUUGACCAGACGAGGCUUACUUCAUCGUCUUCUACAUCAACGAAGAGGAGUUGUUGUUAUUGUGAAGAGAACAUCUACCUGCUGACUCAAACGUUUCGUAACCAGCUGCAACAUGAGGAGGAAGUAUUCCCAUGGGAUAUCUAUGUGGUCUUCAUUUCCAAUGAUAACAAGACGGUUGCUCUAUGGCGUCAGAAAGCACGGAAAGAGAUCGUGGUGUGGGAUUACCACGUAAUUCUCGUCUUGCGGCCUCGUCUUGCCACAUGCUCAUCGGACAAUGAGGAUUGUCCGGUGAACACUGCAAAGCAUGAAGCAUGGAUAUAUGACUUUGAUACUCGGUUAGCAGUCCCAUCCUCGGCGGGAUCGUAUAUGGCCGACACCUUCCCAUAUCUUUUUCAAACGGAAUUCGAACUGAACGACCAAUACGAAAGUUUGCUUAGAGUGAUUGAGGCUAACGUCUUUCUCGAUCACUUUGCAUCGGAUCGAUCUCAUAUGAUUCUUAGGAAGGAUGUGGAAGGAAGAACAAUAUAUAGUUCCCCACCACCCACGUACCCGCCCAUUUGUGGUCCAACAGCUAAACUGAGAGGCGUAGUUAUGAAUCUCUUCGAGACGUUUGUCUCUAUGAAGGUUCCUGAAGUGAUUCGCGCUUCGGACGUGGGAGAGAAUGUUGGGGAAGUCUUAGAUAUGCACGGGUUUCUGGCCUGGCUGUCGUGUGCCCAAGCUGCUUAAUUCAAUGCAAACAUGCACGAUCCUCCUGCUAGGGAAUCCUGGACAAUGAUUAAACAUUACCACUCUGAAUGCCUGUUCUUGAUCACAGCAUAACUCAACAGUCUUCCGCCGAGUUGUUUUCCAUAAACUUCAGAUUGCCUU